AUGGCGGCGCCUCAGCCUCAGCCUCAGACUUUCACAUUCACACAGGUUGGGUCUCUCUCCAUCAAAUUGGAUAUCUACCUCACCCCCUCGCCGGCAGCCGAUGCCCCGAUUCUGCUGUGGUUCCAUGGCGGUGGUCUAAUCCAAGGGUGCCGAGCGAGGUAUGGACCGCACACCGUGGCCAGCGUUCCCAAGUAUGGCCACGUCCCGCUCUCGCCGGACUACAGGCUCGCUCCCCAGGCGACCUUGGCCGAAAUCCUGGCAGAUGCGCUGGAUGCGUUGAAUGGGCCCGAGGGGAGCCCCCUCACCACAUCUCAGCCUCAGCCUCGGGGAUCACAGUAA